AAAGAAAGAGAAAGGAGAAGGAAGAAAUACCUCAGAAACGAGAGAGAAAACAAAUUUCAAGCUCCAAACUGUUUUGAUUUGUUCUCUGUAGCUAAGCAGCAUAAUAGGAGUCAAGGAAGAAGGAGAGAGCAUGGCGGAUAAGAGUCGUUCCCUCCCGGUGGAUCCUACUUUGCCUCGAUGGGUCUGCCAGAACUGCCGCCACCCCCUCUCCAUCGUUGGCGUUGAUCCUUACGCCGACAAGUUCUUGAACGAUUACUCUUCUCGCUCCGGAAUGCAAGGGUCUUCAAUUCAUGGGGCCAACAGUGUGUUAGGUUCAACUCGCAUGGACAACUCUUUUGUUGUGCUACCAAAGCAGAAACCCCAGUCACAAGGGAUUCCUCCUCGUCCUCGCAGUGGAGUUGGGCCACCUGAUAUGAGUCAGCCGGGGAAGACAAUGGAAGAGUCCUUUGUGGUCGUGUAUAAGUCUGAGUCUGCAUCUGAUGGAAGUGGGACUCAUUUGCCAUCAACUGAAGCAGGAUCCAAUGGUCCUUUGCAGCCUCACAACUCUGGGUUUCACUCAACUAUAACUGUGUUAAAACGUGCAUUUGAGAUCGCCACAACCCAGACUCAGGUUGACCAGCCACUAUGCCUAGAAUGCAUGAGGGUGUUGUCUGACAAACUUGACAAGGAGGUUGAAGAUGUAAAUAGGGAUAUUGAAGCAUAUGAAGCCUGUCUUAAGCGCUUGGAGGGAGACACGCGAGUUGUUCUUAGCGAGGCUGAUUUUCUGAAGGAGAAACUAAAGAUUGAGGAAGAAGAGAGAAAACUUGAAGCUGCAAUUGAAGAAACAGAGAGACAGAAGGCUGAAGUAAAUGCUGAACUGAAGGAGCUGGAGUUGAAAUCUAGCCGCUUUAAAGAAUUGGAGGAGCGGUAUUGGCACGAGUUUAAUAAUUUUCAGUUUCAAUUAAUUUCACACCAGGAAGAGAGAGAUGCAAUUCUGGCACGAAUUGAAGUUUCCCAAGCACAUUUGGAGUUGUUGAAGCGAACUAAUGUGCUCAAUGAUGCCUUCCCCAUCUGUCAGGAAGGAGAAUUUGGUACAAUUAACAAUUUUCGACUUGGAAGGCUUCCUAAAGUUCCGGUUGAGUGGGAUGAGAUAAAUGCUGCUUGGGGCCAAGCUUGCCUUCUCCUCCACACAAUGUGUCAAUAUUACCGGCCAAAGUUUCAAUAUCGAAUAAAAAUUAUUCCUAUGGGCAGCUACCCUCGAAUUAUGGACAGCAACAACAAUACUUAUGAGCUGUUUGGCCCUGUGAACUUGUUUUGGAGCACUCGUUAUGACAAAGCAAUGACACUGUUCGCAACAUGCCUCAAGGACUUUGCCGAGUUUGCACAUUUGAAGGAUCUAGAAAACAACAUACCUCCUGACAAACACUUCAAAUUGCCCUAUAAAAUUGAGAAUGACAAAGUCGGAACCUAUUCCAUCACGCAGAGCUUCAACAAGCAGGAAAACUGGACCAAAGCUCUCAAGUACACCCUCUGCGAUUUGAAAUGGGCUCUUUACUGGUUUAUAGGGAACACAAACUUCCAGCCUCUUACCUCAGUGGCAUCUUCUCAUGCUGAUGUUCCAGAUGUAGGUUCUUUGUACACAAAGCGUGGUACUGACCCCCAAGCCUGAAUUCUUUAGACCAAUCAAACCCAUCACACCAAAUGAAGUUUACUCCACAUACUGACUUGUAAAUGAAUAUUAACUUUAAAUCUUGUGCAGUUCAAAUCAUUGAUUUUGUCCUAUUACGCGUUCAUGUGGCAUUGAUUGGAAAGCAUAAGUUUCUAUUUUGUUA